UAUCCCCACAAGAAGUCUUGAACCAAUGCAACGUCAAGAACGAAAAAAAUAUUCAUUCAACCAGGAGGCGCGCCUGACGCACACGGAUUGACACUUGAGUCUGACAUUUCACAAUUUUGGGGAAUUUCGAAUUUACACGUACAGAAAUCGUGUUUUAUAGUUUAUUAAAACCCUUUUUUGCUUGUAAACUCAGUGCCUAAGUAUUUUAUUGGUACCAUGGCUUUCUCGAUGUUUCUCCGUAAUCAAGCGUGCACGAGCCGCAUAUUCACCCAGCAGGUGAUGCGGCUGGCGACGCAGCCUGCGCUUGCGCACCGCACCGUCGCCUCCACGCUGCCCGUCAGGUCGCUCGCCAUCAAAGACGCCAAACUGACGCCGAUACUAAAUGCUGUGCGUUCCCUCCGCUCGAGCGCCGUGCGCAUGUCCGCUGAGAAGGGCCACGACCACUCCAAGCUGUGGGUGGUAGAGAGGGCCGUCUCCGCAGCGCUGAUACCGCUCAUACCGAUCGCUCUGCUCAUCCCGAACAAGCUGUUCGACUCGCUGAUGGCGAUACUCAUCACGGCGCAUUCGUUCUGGGGCCUUGAGGCGAUAGCAGUAGACUACGUUCGGGCAAGCUUAUUCGGUCCCGUCAUCCCAAAAAUUGCCAUCGGUCUGGUGUACCUCCUUUCUUUCGCGACCCUCGGCGGCCUCUUCUACAUCAUCACUCACGACAUCGGCCUCGCAAACUCCAUCAGACAGUUCUGGUCCGUCAAGUCCGAACAGAAAGCGUAAACGAUUAUGGUUUAGGUCACAUUCUUAGAAUAAUCUGGUUGUAAGGGUUGAUUUCGAAAAGUAUGGCCAAAAGGCUUUAAAGUUUGUGAUAUGUUUGAGAAAUUAAAACGUAUGGCGGCGUAGAGGGUGUAUGGGGGGGAAUGACGCACGCAAAGCGUACGUAGAUGUUGCUCGGUGCUUCACGAAUGGAUGUGUGAGGCUGUCUCGUGGGGAAUGGCCUCGCUGGAGACAACGCGAGGCACCCAAAUGGUCUAGAAAUUGCCUCGCGAGGCUUGUUUCGACACAUCUAGUUACACAGUAGAGUGAACGCCACCGCCCGAGCGCCGCCAUAUUCCAAUCUGACAUACGUUACCGAAA